UUUGAGUGUUUCAGCAGCCUUAGGGAGGAGGCUGUCUGUCGCAACACUUAGCCAUGUUUCCAGAUCUUCCCAGUGGCCGAUGAAGAAGAUUUUUAUUGUUAAAGAUCUGAAUUAAUCAAGGUGAAUCUUGCUAUUAAUAUAUCUAUUUAAUCUUCCAUUAUAUUCUAAGGCCUCUGUGCAAAAAGUGCCUACGUGGCGAGAUUGUCCAGACAAGAAAACAUCUGGAGAUAUGGGGGGGGGGCUUUUCCUUUCACCAUAACAAGUCUUGGAGGUUUCUUCUCCUAAGGGAGAGAUAGAAUUGCAUACGCAAGUGAAAUGUAGAAUUGUAUACAUAAGAGAAAUUCCUAAUGUAUAGGAACCCGCCUUAAAAACUUGUAUAUAUACCAGAGCCGAGAAACAUUCGGGAGACUCUUUCUGCAGAAGGGGCCUCAGCUUUAUUCUUGUUAAAUAGUUAAUAAAGUCUAUCCUUCUGGAAUCAAACUCCAAGAUUGUGCGUGAUCAUUCGAACGAGCGGCGGAAGACACUACAAAUUGGCGUCACGAACAGGAUUGGAAAAGAGCAACAGAGUGGACGGCCGCUUUGAGCAGAAUUUGACGAGCAGCACAACCGGUGGCCACCGAUUAGGUAAGCAUUUUUGCUUAUAUAAUUUUGUGUUGUUUGCCAGUCUGCUCUUAGCGGUAAGGUCACUUAAAUUUUGCUCUUCCAAAUUUAAAGAAAAGAACAAAAAAGAGAGUUUUAUUCCAGAAGAAAAAACUGCAUGCAUUUGUCUAGUUUACUGUUUAUGGCCUUGAUAGGUAGCCUGAAUUGAAACUGGAUGGUGUAAGCCAUGCUAGCAAUGGUCUGUGUUUAUUUAGACUGGGCCUGAAGGGACAGAAAUAAACGUGAAGCAGAUAUGGUAUAGGAAGCGCACAAGACCUACGGAUACCGCCCUGAUUAAAAUAAAAAAGAUUAAAAGAAAGUUGUAAGAGUACAGGGGUCUGCACGGGUAGGCAAAAAAUUCCUGGCUAAGCCUUGUUCUUUUACUGAGAGAGAGAGAAAGGGGGGUAACAGUAAAAGGACCAGAGCACUGCUGCAGGUCACUCGAGAGGAGUGUAGUGUUUUGUUUUGAUGAAUGUUUGAAACUGUGUCUGUGUUUGAAUGCAUGUCGGUGUGAAAGACUGAGGUUGUAUGAGAAAAUAAAUAAAUUCCAAUUGGGUUGAAUAGGAGAAGCGUGCCCUUCUCUAGUAGAAACGGCCGCAGUUCUUGUUACACCCAAGAGGGAUGUAUGAUAGCUUAAGCCCUGACUAAAUAAAGGGAUGCUGAAUGAAAGUUAAUCCCUUUAAAUAAAGGGAUGCUGAAUGAAAGAAUGAGCCCUGACUGAAUGAAGGGACUUAGAAGGAGUGAAUGUUUUUAGGAAAAUAGGGUCAAUAAAGAUUGAAUCCAGAUGUAUUAUAAGAUUUUAUUUUGGGUGUCUGUGUGAAAGAGAGAGAGAAAACUUCCUGAGAGCAGUGCUGUAGAAGUGUGAUUAAGAUAGUAAGUUAAAGAAGUACAUUAAAAAUAAUAAGUGCGCACUAAAUAAAACAGAAGAAAUGAUAGAUAAUUGAAAAAUAAAUAAGGAAUUAUUGUUAAAGAUUUUAUGCAUACUGGGUGAUCAUAAAAUAAGGUUGAAAAAUGCAUAUAGAAAGUGUACAUGCAACAGAUAGAAUAAAAAACUAGGAUAAAAGAAGCAAGUCACUAAAUAAAAAUAAAAUUAAUUGGAAAAAUAGUGGCAACAAGAAUAAAAUAAAACAAUAGGACUGAAGGAUUGGAGGAGAAAAUAUGGCAGCUACUCCAGUAGAGAUAUUAGGAUUGAAAUAUCCUCUGUGUAAAGACAUGAUAAACAAAAUCUCAGACAAAUGGCAAAAGAGAACAAAGAAUAAAGUGACAAAAUGGCCAAAGGAAGGGACAUUCGAUGUGGCAUUGUGUGAGGAAAUGGAAACUCUGAUAAAAAACUACAAAACUAAAAGCCUCAAUAAAAAAAGAGAAGCAAAAAGAGAGAAAGAAAAAGAAGUGUUAGCUAUGUUUAAAAAAGAAGGAGAAUACACUUUAAAAAGUAUAAAACAGGCCAGGAAGAUAUUGAAGGAGGCAGACAGAGAAACAUGCAAAAAAGAAAUGUUGUUUUCUCAACCACCUCCCUAUCUGUUAGCUGAGAGAGAGUUCCCAAUUCUCAAGGACAAUAUAGAAGUAACGGGAGAGAUGGAGAUGGAAGGUCAAGUAGAAAUUGAACCAGCUGUAAAAACAAAGAGCAGGGAACAAAAAAAGGAAAGUGAAAAUUAUUUGCCUAUGGAUUGUUAUAAACAAGCACGCAUAGCCUUAGAAAUUAUGAAAACCAACCAGGAAGACAAAACACGAUAUGAGGAAGUGAUAGAGAGAAUAAAGAGAAAAGAUUGUGAAAUUGAAGGACAGGUAGAAGCUUUGGAACAAGAGAUGGGAAAGAAAAUUAGAGAAUCAGGAAAAAAAAUCCAAGAAGUAAAUGAGUUGGAGAGACGGAGAAGUAAGUUGUUCGACAGCAAUGAGGAAAUGAAUGGUGAAGAGGAGUUAUUUGAUACAGGAAAAUGGGAACAGGGCAGAGAAAAGGGGACACUCAGACCACUGGCUGCACAACUCCCAAUUUUAAUCAAGGGUGCGCAGGGACAAUAUGUCCCUUGGGCUUCACAGGACCUUGAGGGGCUAGUCAAGUCAAGUCAAGUCACCUUUAUUUAUAUAGCGCUUUUACAAUACAGAUUGUGUCAAAGCACUUAACAGUAUCAAAUUGGAGGAUAGAGUGUCAGUAAUGUAUAAUGAUAAGAUUAAACACUCAAUUUUCAGUUAAAGGCAUUUCAUUAUUGAAUUCAGAGAUGUCAUUGUCUAGCUCAGUUUAGUUUAAAUAGUAUCUGUGCAAUCAAAUCGGCGAUAAUCGCUAGAAAUUAAGUGAAAUUAAUCGCUAGUCACUCGCCUCCCUGAUUAUUCAUAAGGGCGCUGGAAAAUGGAUAAGAGUGUUUGAAGACGAGACAAUGGGCAAACUUUUGGCUGUGAGGGACAUUAAAGCAUUGCUGGCUAAAAUUGUAGGAGGGGCAAAGAUAGAUGGAAUUUUGCAAACAGCCACUCUAGACAGAGCGGCGAACUCUCACAAUAUGGAUGGGAUUGUUUUUGAUGCAUUCCGUCCAGCAGUAUGGCAAGCAUUGCAUCUUGAGUAUCCAAUCAGACUGUAUCCCAAGUCAUUAAAGCAGGGGUCUCAAACUCAACUUACCUGGGGGCCGCUGGUGGUAGAGUCUGGGUCAGGCUGGGCUGCAUUAAGUAUUUCACAAAAAAAGGGUUUCAAGUAUUCCAAAAAAAGGAGCACAACUUAUCCAAUCUUCUCUAUCUUUAUUAUUAACAGUUCUUCAAUAUGAAUGUUUCUUCUGAACAUUAACGGUUCCUCUGAAUUUAAACUUUCCUUUCUGAACAUGAACGGUUCUUCAGAACAUAGGCUUCUCUUGCCUACUCCUUGCUGCCAGAGACCUGGCUGCGCUUCCUCUCACACAGCUGAGACACAUUUGCCCGUUUUUUCCAGACAUAAAAAUAAAGGGGCAUUGUAUGAUUAUUCCUUAAAGAUAAGGUUUUAAUAGUUUUACUAGUAGUAGCCUAUUACUUUUUGCCCAAUGUCUUCAAGUGAAACCAAACUUUUAUUUUGACGGGUUGCCGUGAAUACCUUUACAUUUCUGUGUAUAUGAUAUGAGGAUAGUUUUUCUCAAAUGAAACGCUCGAAUGCUCAUGAAGUGACUCUCAGAGCAGUUCGGAGAUGUUGUUCAUGUAUUUAUGUCCUCAUUUAGUGAGACGACAGACUUUAAUAUCACCGCAAGCGUCGCGCGCUUCUGUAUGAGUAAACAAACCCGCGUGUCUGCGCCAUACAUUAACACAGAGAUACGCAGAAGUCAUAUUUAAAUAGACGUUUUGUGGCUUAAUAUUUACAAAUAGGAGUGGGAGUGUGCUCACUUGUGUGUGCGCUUAUGUUUGUUUGUGUGUGUGUGUGUGUGUGUGAACCGGGGCGGAACUCCGCUGUGCGCGCGAUACAGAGAGCGCGACCAUGUAACGUAGAGACAGAAAUGACACGCCGUCGUGUAAAUAAGAUAAAUAACAUAACAAGGCUAUUUAAAAUAAUGUCCCCCUAAAAUAAUGGUAGGGAAAACACUGUAAGUGAUUAAAAAAUAAAUAAAAGCGCGGCAAGACUCAGCAAAAAGGUGCGUUUGAGAACAACGUGCGGGCCGCACUAACACUAAACUUUGAUGUCAAGUAGGGGGGCCACAAAAUAUCAUCCCGCGGGCCUCAAUUGGCCCCCGGGCCGCGAGUUUGAGACCCCUGCACUAAAGGGACAAGAGCUGGGAGAUACAGAAAAUCCAACCACAUAUGUCCAGAGACAGCUGAAAAACUGGAAACAAGAGACUGAAAUAAAUCCUGAGGGAGACCCGUUAAUGGCCACAUUAUUCAGACAAGCUGUGAUUGAUGCUAUGCCUCCAGCCGUAAAAAGCAGGCUGGAAGACGUUGUUGGCUUGAACUCAAAAACUCAUAAAGAAUUUUGUGAUCAUGUGACACAUGCAGUGGAGCAACACAGAAAAAAACUAAAGCUCAAGACCCAAGAGAAAGAGCUACAGCGAAAGCUAACUCAAUUACAGCUUGAAGAGAAAAAUAAGAGAAAAAUUCAAGCUCCAAUAAAGAAAUAAGAAGAGGAACAAAUGACAGUUAUGUCUCCAGUAAGCGUUCUGCAACCAACUAUGCAGCCAAGCCCAUCUACAGCAGUCCCUCCAAACACACACCAGCUUCCUGUACCCAUAAUUAAUGUUUAUCCUCAACAGCCAGCUCCAAUGGGAUGGAGAAAAAGACCAAUCAGAGAGGAAGAGGCAAACCUUAUACUGGUCUGUUUGUUGGGCGUGCGAACAGCCCGGACAUAUUAAAUAUGACAGUCCCACCUACCCAUGGCAGCAGUACCCUCGGGGAGGAAGGGGGGAGAGCUGGCAACAGUCCAAUCGAGGUGCGGGAGAAGGCCCUGUUAAUCCGUGGAGAGGUCCAAAUCAGGGUUACUAGGGAUGCCCAGAGAAUUCUACAGGGGAGAACCAGCUACCAAUGUUAACAACUAAAGCCGAUCAAGAGCCUAUUAUGCAAAUUAAAAUAGAAGGUAAAGCCACACCUAUGAUGUUAGACACAGGAACAAUUUUUAGAGAGAGAGAUAAACUUUAUUUGUCCCCGAAAGGAAAUUUGUCUCGGGCAGAGUGCUACAAUGUUGCUCUAAACAAUAAUACAUACAAUAAUAAUAAUAGACAAAACAGAUUAAAAACAAUUAAGAACAUACAUUAAAAUACAAAAAUGUGUAAUAUAAAUAAAUGCAAAAAUACAGUAAAGUGCUAAUGUACCAUAGGUGCGUUGUUCUUAUUAGAAUUCAACAAUUUUAUGGAGGCAGGAACAAAUGAAAGCUUCAGUCUAUUAGUUUUACACAUAGGCAUUCUCAGUCUCUUUCCUGAUGGCAGCAACUGAUAUUCACUAAAAAGAGGAUGAUCGGGGUCAGUGCUAAUACUUUUUGCCCGUCUCAUCACUGCCUGUUCAUAUAAAGUCUGUAUAGGCACAUAUUGUUUUACUCCUAUGAUUUUCAUGGCUGCUUUGUGGAUAUGAGCCAAUUUGUUUUUCAGUUGAACAGACAAGUUUCCAAACCAGACUGUAAUUCCAUAGCGAAUGAGACUUUCAAACAUGGCUCGGUAAAAGACAAGCAAGAUAUUGCUACCCACCCCGUACAGUCUCAGCCUUCUUAAAAAAUAGAGCCUCUGUUGUAGUCGUGUGCACAGACUAUCAAUAUGUGUCUUCCAACAAAGAACACUGUCCAUAUAAAACCCCAGUUAUCUGUAAGAUGUCACUUGCUGUAUCACUGUGUCUUUAAUGAGCACAGGCCUAUGUUCAGAUACACUUCUUGGAUCAAGGACCAUUUCUUGUGUCUUUUUCACAUUUAAAACAAGACAGUUCUUGUCACACCACUGAAUGAAAGUAUCUAUUUCACUGUGGUAAGAUGAUAAGUCCAUGUCUUUAUGUAAAAGACUUAAAAUGGCAGUGUCAUCAGCAUAUUUCAUGAUAUAAUUGUUAGUAUAUGUGCUCCUGCAAUCAUUCGUAUACAAAGCAAAAAGCACAGGCGAUGAAACACAGCCCUGUGGCACUCCUGUGUUACUAUAUCUGACCUCAGAAAGUGUCUCAUUGACCCUGAACUGCUGAGUUCUAUUACUUAAAAAAGAAUAAAACCAUUUUAUUAAAAAAGUACUAACACCCAUGCUGUGCAGCUUCUGUAAAAGCAAAUGUGUCUGUACUUUAUCAAAUGCUGAACUAAAAUCAACAAAUAAAAUACGAGCAUAGGCUUUAGUAUUCUCAAGAUGCUUAGACACAAGAUGAACAAUGCUAAGAGCAGCAUCCUCAGUACCCCUGUUCUGCUUAUAGGCAAACUGACAGGUGUCUAGUAGUGGCUCUACUUCUUUUUCCAGCAAUGAAAUUACAAAUUUCUCAAAGCACUUCAUGACAUUUGAAGUCAAAGCCACAGGACGAAGAUCAUUAUUUUCUCUAGCACCGGGUUUUUUAGGGAUUGGUGUUAUAUAGGCCUUUUUCCACAAAGCUGGCACAGUGUGGGUAUCAAGCGAUCGCUGAAAUAAGGGACACAAUGUAAUAGCAAGCUCUUCAGCACAGUUUUUUAACAAAAAAGCUGAUAACCCAUCUGGCCCAGUAGCCUUAUUGGUGUGCAAGCACCUGAAAAGGUGCUGCACAUCACAUGGGUCUACUUCCACCCAAGAAAUGUCUUUGUUGUCAGACAGUGAUUGCAAUAUGCUAUGACAUUCCUCUAAAUCAUUUUGUGCCUCAAAUCUCAAAUAGAAAUCAUUUAGCUCAUUUGCUCUUGUAGGUUGUCCAAUGUUAUAAUAUGUUUCUUAGCAGGGUUCAUAUUGGUGACCAAUUUCAUUGUUUCCCAAAGUUUUCUUGUGUUAGAAGUAUAAAAACCGUGUUCCAUAGUUUGCCUGUGCUGUUCUUUUGCUUUUUUCAAAUGAUAUUUUAGUUCUUUCUGUGCCACUAAAAGUCCUACUUUAUCCCUAUUCCUAAAUGCCAGCUUUUUAUUAUUUAUGCACUUUUUUAUGUCCUUUGUAAUAUAGGGCUUGUUGUUAGGAUAAACAACAACAUCCUUUUUUUCUAAUACGUUAUCUACACAAAAGUUGAUAUAUUCACUUAUUGUGUCAGUGGCCUCAUGAAGCUCUAACUGAUGAAAUAUGGACCAAUCUGUGCACAAAAAUCAGCCCUUAAGUGUCUCCAUAGAAUCAUCUGUCCAUACAUUAACCAUUUUGUGCUCUGGUUUACAUGUCUUAAAAACUGAUUUAUAAGAAGGAAUCAGAUGUACUACAUUAUGAUCCAAAUUGGACAGAGGGGGCUUUGACUUAGCUGCAUAUGCAUUUUCGAUAUUGCCAUAACAUUUGUCCAAAAUUUUUGUUUUCCUGGUGUCACAGCGCACAUAUUGUUCAAAGCCCGCUAACAUAGUUUCUAACUUAAAAUGAUUAAAAUCGCCCAAAAAGAAAAUAGGGGCUCCAGGUGAGUGCUGAAGCUGCUCAUGUGCACACUCAGUGAUACACGCUGCAGCUUUACCUGCAUUACCACUAGGUGGGAUGUACAUAAGAUGACACAACCGAACUCACUCUGUAAAUAAUGAGGUCUGGGUGAUACACAGAGCAGUUCAAUAUCAGGGGUGCAUACCUUGUCCCUUACUGUAUAUUGUUUGCACCAUCUGUCACAUAUGUACAUACAAACUCCUCCUCCGCUCUUUUUACCAGAAUCAAUGAAGCGGUCUGCGCGCACCAACAUGUAUCCGUCAAAUUCAAGUAACGAAUCCGGAAUCCCCUCAUGAAGCCAGCUUUCUGUAAGCACCAUAAGAUUAGACUCCCGAUAUUCAAAGCAGGUCCUUGUGAUGGCACGGAGUUCAUCCAUCUUAGGCGCCAGCAACCUCACAUUGCUCAGAAUCACUGAAGGCAGCGGUGGUUUACUAGCUCGCCGGCGGAGACGCUCCCGAGCGGAGACGCUCCGUCUCCCUCUCUUACGCCGCAGCCGGGUCCCAGUAUGUGGCACACGUAUAGCAGCUGGCAGGUAAUCCGGUGCUACAUAAUGAUGAUUUUUGAGAUACAACAAUGCACUCCUGGAAUAUACCAGUCUUUGAUUUUGUUCCCGCUGUAGGCCUAACGUUAAGUCCAGUGCAAAACAUGGAAUAAACGUUUCCCCGAUGAUCAAAACCAGAAGCAGGAGAAGUAGGCACGAAGCCAUUGUUCGAGUCUCCAAACACAGUCUGCCGACAAACAGCAGGAAAACCCCAUGAUUGUGUGAAUGAGUCAUUGACAUUUACCAGACUACGACCAGAUCUUGAAUCGACACCCAUUUCUGAAGCAGAGGUUACUUAUUUUGUAGAUGGUUCUAGCUUUAGAGACCAUGAAGGAAAUCAUACAGGAUAUUCGGUGGUGAAGAGAGACAAGAAAGAAUUUGUACCUGUGAUAUCACAGCAUUGUGUACAACCUUGUUCUGCUCAAUUAGCUGAAUUAAAAGCUCUUACAGCUGCAUGUCAGUUAACACAAGGACAAACUGCUAACAUUUUCACUGAUUCAGCGUAUACUCAUGGUGUAUGUCACCUAUUCGGUGCAGUGUGGAAACAAAGAGGAUUCAAAAAAGUGAUGGGACUCCCAUCCAACAUGGAGAACAAAUAGGGCAAUUAAUUUCUGCUAUGAUGCUACCAAAAAGAUUAGCAAUAAUCAAAUGUCAAGCACACAAAAAAGGAAAUGAUUAUGUCAUUAAAGGAAACAAUGCAGCAGAUUUACAGGCUAAAAAAGCUUCAGGAUGUCAAAUAGCAAUAUUAGCACCUGUAGUACUUAUAGAACCUCAACCUCAAUUGGAUGAUAUAAUUCGAAUUCAGCAACAAGCAGGCCCCUAUGAACAAUCAAUGUGGCCCCAAAGGGGAGCUAAAAAAGGCUCACAAGAGAUCUGGUGUACACAUGAAGCAAACAUUGUUGCACCAACUUCACUUUUGAAUAUUCUUAUCGCAGAUGCUUAUGGUUUUGACCAUUGCGCAAGGGGGGAAGUGAUAGAAAAAUGAAAAAGCAAGGAUAUUGGUCUCCUUAUUUAUAUGCAACGGUAGAUGGAUUUUUGUCCACAUGUGAAGUUUUUGCAAAGUACAAUGUGAGAAAAGGGAUAACGACACCAAUAGGGCAUAUACCCGUGCCAGAAGGGCCCUUUAAGUAUUUGGUUAUGGAGUACGUGGAUAUGAUAAAGCGAGUACAAGGCAAAAGAUACAUGCUUGUGACCGUUGACAGAUUUAGCAAAUGGGUGGAGGCAGUACCAUCAGCAGAUCUGGGAGCAGGAACAGUAAUUAAAUUUCUAACGAGAAGUAAUAAUGUGUGUGUUGUGUGUUUGUUUUCACUGAAACAUGGCUGAACGACAACAUCCCGGACUCCGCCAUUCAGCUGCACGGACUAACUUGCUACCGCGCGGACAGAGAUUCAUCACUGUCUGGUAAGACUCGCGGCGGUGGCUUGUGUGUGUACGUCAGCAAAGAAUGGUGUAACAAUGCUGGGGCAGUGACAAAACACUGUUCAUCGCUGGUGGAGUUUAUGUUUGUGAAGUGUCGACCGUUCUAUCUGCCACGGGAGUUCACGGCCAUUGUUAUUGUCGCGGUAUACAUCCCACCGUGCGCAAACGCAAAAGACGCACUUCACGAGCUGUACAGCGCCAUCAGCGAACA